AAAUGUACAGCUUCAAUACUCUUCGACUCUACCUUUGGGAGACCAUUGUAUUCUUCAGCCUUGCUGCGUCCAAGGAGGCUGAAGCUGCCCGCUCCGCGCCCAAGCCUAUGUCACCCUCGGAUUUCCUGGAUAAGCUAAUGGGGAGAACCUCUGGAUAUGAUGCCAGGAUCAGGCCCAACUUUAAAGGUCCCCCGGUGAAUGUGAGCUGCAACAUUUUCAUCAACAGCUUCGGUUCCAUUGCAGAGACAACUAUGGACUACAGGGUCAACAUCUUCCUGCGGCAGCAGUGGAACGACCCCCGGCUGGCCUACAAUGAAUACCCGGAUGACUCUCUGGACCUGGACCCAUCCAUGUUGGAUUCCAUCUGGAAACCUGACCUGUUCUUUGCCAACGAGAAGGGGGCUCACUUCCAUGAGAUCACCACUGACAACAAACUGCUGAGGAUCUCCCGGAAUGGAAAUGUCCUCUACAGCAUCAGAAUCACACUAACACUGGCCUGCCCCAUGGACUUGAAGAAUUUCCCCAUGGACGUCCAGACGUGCAUCAUGCAACUGGAAAGCUUUGGCUAUACCAUGAAUGACCUGAUCUUCGAGUGGCAGGAGCAGGGAGCUGUGCAGGUGGCAGAUGGACUAACUCUACCGCAGUUUAUCCUGAAGGAGGAGAAGGACCUGAGAUACUGCACGAAGCAUUACAACACAGGUAAAUUCACCUGCAUCGAGGCCCGGUUCCACCUGGAGCGACAGAUGGGCUACUACCUGAUCCAGAUGUACAUUCCCAGCCUGCUCAUUGUCAUCCUGUCGUGGAUCUCCUUCUGGAUCAACAUGGACGCCGCCCCAGCCCGCGUGGGCCUGGGCAUCACCACCGUGCUCACCAUGACCACCCAGAGCUCUGGCUCCCGAGCAUCCCUGCCCAAGGUGUCCUAUGUGAAAGCCAUUGACAUUUGGAUGGCAGUGUGCCUGCUCUUCGUGUUCUCAGCCCUACUGGAGUAUGCUGCUGUCAACUUUGUGUCUCGGCAGCACAAAGAGCUGCUCCGAUUCAGGAGGAAGCGAAGACAUCACAAGAGCCCCAUGCUGAAUCUGUUCCAGGAGGAUGAGGCCGGAGAGGGCCGCUUCAACUUCUCUGCCUACGGGAUGGGCCCAGCCUGUCUGCAGGCCAAAGAUGGCAUCUCCGUCAAAGGCGCCAACAACAACAACACCACCAACCCUCCUCCGGCACCAUCUAAGUCCCCGGAGGAGAUGCGAAAACUCUUCAUCCAGAGGGCCAAGAAGAUCGACAAAAUAUCCCGCAUUGCCUUCCCCAUGGCCUUCCUCAUCUUCAACAUGUUCUACUGGAUCAUCUACAAGAUUGUCCGCAGGGAGGAUGUCCACAACCAGUGA